AUGGUGACUCAUCACUUCUGGCCUUUCGUCAAUUUCAAUAACUCUCAGAACAAGUCCUAUCCAGUUCAUAAGAUACUUAAGACAGAUAUGCUUUUAUAUGGUGUCAAUGAUUUGAUAAUGCAAUUAUGGUGCGAACACGCAGGCGUGACAGUUGAGAUGCUGAGAUAUGAGAAGGAUCAGAUGUAUGGGAGAGUUUUGAGAAACUAUACCUACACGGGAAUGCUUAGUUGGAUAGAAGAAAAGAAAUUGGACGGUGCAACGGGUGGAUACACUAUAACAUUUUCUCGAGCUAAAGCUUUAGAUUAUACUUUUCCGUUCCUUAUGGAUCAGGAACUCGCAGUAGUAGCUAGAGCUCGUAUGCUUUCCAGCUGGGAAUCUGUCUUCGUACAAUUUAAUUGCAAAACAGUAAAUGAUUACGAUAUUAAGACAUUCAAUCGUGAUGUAGAUGCUUGCGGUAGACCAGUUAUUAAAGUACUACAAUCCAUCACACGGUGCUCAAAGCUGUCUCGUAAUGUUAAAGUUUUUAACGUCAAGAAAAAUGCCAAUUUUCGUGGAUGCCAUAUCAGAAUGGUGGCUCAUCACUUUUGGCCUUUUGUCAAUUUCAAUAACUCUCAGAACAAGUCCUAUCCAGUCCAUAAGAUACUCAAGACAGAUAUGCUUUUAUAUGGUGUCAAUGAUUUGAUAAUGCAAUUAUGGUGCGAUCAUGCAGGCGUGACAGUUGAGAUGAUGAGAUAUGAGAAGGAUCAAAUGUAUGGGAGGGUUACAAGAAACUAUACCUUCACGGGAAUGCUUAGUUGGUUAGAAGAAAAGAAAUUGGACGGUGCAAUUGGUGGAUACACUAUAUCACUUUCUCGAGCUAAAGCUUUAGAUUAUACUUUUCCGUUCCUUAUAGAUCAGCAACUCGCAGUAGUAGCUAGAGCUCGUAUGCUUACCAGCUGGGAAUCUGUCUUCGUACAAUUUAAUUGUCUGCUUGUUUUACCUGUAAUAUUAUUUGUUACUAUCGAAAGUCGUGUGGUCGAAACGAACCAAUCGAAUAUAAGUCAAGAAGGAUCAACUGUCGAAGUUAUAAUAAAACCUAAUCACGACGAAAAUACCGAUCUAGAUUUGAACACAGUUAGACAGAAACGAAAUAAAAUACAUAACGUUGAAGUUCACGAUGAAAUCUCGAAGACUGAAGACAAAAUGCCUUUUAACACUACAACCGCAAGGACUAUUGUUUUAUCAAAACUGGAGAGUCGUACUGGCGUAAUUGUUGUGGGAAAUUGUCCAAAGGGCUUCAUCGCUACUGGUAAUAUUUGCAUCCUAGACUAUGAUUGA